GCUGCCGCUCUCCUCGGCUGUUCUCUGGGCACCGCGGCGGCGGUUUCCCGGGCAACCGAGUACCGACAACAAACGCGACCAAGUCAACAACACAACAUAUGGAGACAACAACAACGCUCAGACGGUUUAUUUAGGUGAUAUAGAGACAACUGGCUCGUGUUUAUUUAGUUUAAGAGCUCACAUGUGAGGGAUGAAAGUAACUCCGUUAAGUUUGCGCUAGUGAUUCUUCAUCAUGAGCGAGGUGUGUGUCCGGGUGGCGGUCCGUAUCCGUCCCCUGCUCCCUAAAGAAGUCCUCCACAACCACCAGGUGUGUGUCCGGGUGGUGCCGGACACAGCACAGGUGAUGCUCGGCUCAGACCGACUCUUUAACUUCGACCACGCGUUUGGACCGACAGCCAGCCAGGAUGAGGUGUACGAGUCCUGCGUGCAGCCCCUGGUGGAGUCCCUGAUCGACGGCUACAAUGCCACCGUCUUCUGCUACGGUCAGACGGGGUCAGGGAAGACAUACACACUCGGAGGAGGCAAGCUGGACGAAGAGGGAGGACUUAUUGACCGAGUGGCCCAGGAUGUGUUCUUGUUGCUGGGGGAGAAGAGGAAGAUCAGUGAUGGUGUGGAGGUCACGGUGCGGGUCUCGUAUAUGGAGCUGUACAGGGAGGAACUGCGGGACCUGUUGGAGCUGCACACCAUUCACAAAGAGCUUCAUAUCAGGGAGGAUGAGAGAGGAAACACAGUGGUGGUGGGAGCCAAAGAGAUGGUUGUCAACUCAGCAGAGGAGCUGCUAAGUGUUCUAGAGACGGGCAACGCGGUACGCCACACUGGAACCACGGGAAUGAAUGAGCACUCCAGUCGCUCUCAUGCCAUUCUCACCCUUCAGCUCAUCCAGUGUUGCCACAACAACAAUUCCUCCUUAAAAUCCGCCCGCUCUUCCAAACUCUGUCUGGUUGACCUAGCAGGUUCGGAGCGUGCUGGAAAAACUGGAAACACGGGGAUUCGGCUCAAAGAGUCUGUUCAUAUCAACACAGGCCUGCUCGCACUGGGCAAUGUCAUCCGGGCCCUGUCUGACCCCGGUCGCAAUCGCCGCGGUAACAGCUGCAACACUGCACACAUACCGUACCGUGAUGCCAAGAUAACCCGUCUCCUUCGUGAUUCAUUGGGAGGGACCGCGCAUACACUGAUGGUGGCAUGCGUAAGCCCGUCACAUCACAGUGUAGCUGAAACUCUGAGUGUCCUGCAGUUUGCAUCCAAGGCCCGUCACAUUCGUAACCGUCCUGGGGCUAUAUCCACUCACACAGAGGUUAAAUCAUGCCCUACAACCUGGGACCCUGGUGAGGCCCGACUGGGUGAACUUGAGUAUGAAGUGCAGACACUAAGAGAGUUAUUAAAGGAGAAGGAGAGAGAGGUGGCGAUGGAAAGGGAGAAAGCAGGUGUAAGUCUUGGAGAGGGGGAUAGCUUCAAACAGCCCAGUCAGACAACAAUGUCUGAUCCAGAUAAGAAGGUGAACAAAAAAGAAAUAUCACAGUACCGCCUCCUGGCACAGGAAGCUGCAGCACUGCUAUCAGACAUCCCUUGCCCCAGUCCAAGUCAUUCUUUCAGGCAGAGGUUGCAGGAUUGGCAGGAGAGACUGACAGCAGCCAAUCACUCACAUGAAGCUGAUGAUGAGGACUGUUCAAAUGGAGUUGGAGACCAACCCCACCAUGCUACCACAUUAAAGCUCAGAGAAGAGCUCAACAAAUGCAAGGAAGCUCUCGCUAUAGAGGAACAACUAUCGGAGCAGAAGGAUGCUGAGCUGAGACAAGUCCAAAAAGAACUGGAGACACUUCUUCAAGAGUGCAAAACCCACAUUCAGGCCUUAAAGGAAGAAAAGGAACAUAGUCGUAUACAGACUGAACAACUUGUGGACCAGCAGAUCCUCAUCAAUCGCCUUCGCAGCAACCUCAUGACCUCUAGGGGUGCAACCUCAAGGACCACAGAGGAAGCAGGAGCUUCUGGGAGCUCAGGCAAGAGACCCCACAGUGUCCCUCUGAUGAGACACAGCUGUGGACACGGGCCUCCCAGGAGGAUUCACUCCAGUCCUCCAGCCUAUUCACUGGAGAGAGUGAUGGCAGCCUUUAAGAUGCGCGGUCAUCUCCUGCUGGCUGAGAUCGAGGAAAAGGAUGAAGUGUACUGUCCGUUCAUAAAGCAACAGGCAGAGAGUAAAGACAGGGAUCAAGAGAAGGAGGGAGACGAGGAGGAAGACAGCCUUGAGGAAAGAACGGGAUUUAGGCGUUCUCUAAAUCGAACAUGGACCAGCCAGCAGAAGAAAUCAUCUCCGAAAGGGAAAAACUCUGGACUAGACCAAACAUCUAACAGAAAUCCAGGGACCAAAGAAAACAACGCCAGCCAAAGCCAGAUGAGGAUGGCGAGACUCAGAGCCAGUGUUACUCAGAGAAGGAUCCGAGAUCUGUCAAUCAACAUGCGCAUGAAAGAGGAGCUCAUUAAAGAGCUUGACAAAACUGACAAGGAGACCAGAGUAGUGGACAGACAUGGCAGGCAGAGUGUUGAAGCCAAUGUGUUGGCAAGACUUUCCAAGCAGAGCCAGCAGGUCCAAGCGGAGGUGUACCACAGCCUGCAGCACAUGAGAUUGCAGAGAGCACAGCUGCAGACCAGCCUGAGGCAGCAGAGAGAGACCAGUGACAACAACAAAGAACUUGACCAAAUUGAGGAGCAAAGGGCAGGAGAUUUGACUGUGUACAGACACAAUCCUCUGGAACAGUCAAAGGAGCUGCAUGACAGUAGUUGGCUGGAGGACGAGGAGGAGCGGGUGCUCCAGAAGAGAGCAGAGCUGAAGGAGCUGGAGGAGGAGCUGAGGAGAAGAGAGGAGGUGCUCCUGCGCAGGGAGGCCUGUCUGCAACAGAAAAACAAACUGGAGAUCAAAAUGCUACGUGCCAGUCAGGCUCUGAAUCAGGACCUGCUCAAUGUGUCCGUGCGUUUGGACACUCUGGAGGAGCAGCUGCAGAGCAGCAGCAGUGUGAGGCAGACUGGAGGAGUCACCAUCGAGGAACUGGAGAAGGAGAGAGACGCACUUAAAAAGAGGAGAGACACUAUGGACGCCCAGCUGAAGGACAACACUGUCCUCACUGUGGAGGACGAGCAUUACCUGCUCCAGCUGGAGGAAGCUAUUGAAGCUCUGGAUGCAGCUCUGGAGUUUAAAAACCGCUCCAUCCAGGACAAGCAGAAGAAGUUAUUAAUCACAGACUCAUAUUCACGUCAGUCACAAAGCACUGAACCCGCCCAACUCUAUGAAGUCAUCAGAAAGCUGAAGGAGCUCUCACCACCUGAGGCUUCAGAGCUACUCAUCAAAUAUUUCAACAAGGUUGUUUGUCUUCGUGAGGCAGAGCACUAUUUGCGUUUGCGCUGCGAAGAGCUGGAGCUUCAUGCUGGAGAGCAAGAGGUGGUGCUGAGGGAGCUGGAAGUUGCCAUGCAGCGCCUGGCCCUGGAUGCAGAUCGCAGGCUCACCGAGCAGCACCGGGAUCACCAGAACAACAUCCAGCUGCUUCUGCAGAAGCUUAAAGAGGGCGGUUCAGGAGAAGCACAGCAGGCUAUCCAAGACAGACUGCAGCAUCUGGAGAAAGAGCUGUUUUUCUACAAAAGCUCAAGCCGACAGCUUAAAAAAAAACUCAAAGAGUGUCUGAGUGACCCCUUUGAUCAGCCUUCACGCACACAGAAGAACAGACAGACACACAGUAUGCAGAUACCCACGAGUGAAAAUGAACCCCAGGCACACACUGAAGAGGUACAGACAGGGACACAUGUUGCAACAACGUACACAAAGAUACACGCUGAGCAGACACACAAUUCUCAUGUGAGACACCAAACCCUAUUUCCCUCCUCUUCCUCUGACCUCCAAACACGUAAAAAGACGGAAAUGACUGACUACAACCAGAGACAAACACAGUCCCACGGUGGGCAUGAAAGAGGGGCUGGUCACUCUGGGGAGAAUUUAGAGAUGACACCAGUUCGUUUGUGUCGCAGAGAGCUGAGACAGAUCUUUGCACCUGACCUGCAGGUCUGUGAUUCUGCCACAAGGAGGCGCCAGUCUGUUGUGGAUACCAGCACAGAGUCAAUACUGGAGGACUCCAUAGAAGUGUCCAGAAACAGUGACAGAUGAUAAAAAAUUUACUUUAUUCAUAAGUUUUAUAUAGAUCAUAAUACCUAUGGGUCACUUGGCGGCGGCAGUGUGUGUAGCAGAUUCUAGUUAGGCGCAAGUAAACUAAAGAAAACGUGUAACAGAUGACAAAAACUCGCUUGUUGUCAAAAUACUGGUCUUUAUUUAAAGCAUUGUCCAUAUUCACAACAUACUUAAGAAUGUGUGUUAAGUUAAAGAGUCCCGUUAUGUUAAACAUGUCCAUACUGUCUGUUGAUGUAAUACCGCAGAACAGUGAAACCACUAAAAGUGAGGACUGUGAAAGUGAGUUUAGGACCGUGUGUCCUUCAGAAAGACUGACGUGGUUGUUGAAAUGUCUUCAGCCUUUUGUCUUCCUGUUUAUUAGUCUUCCUUGGUAAGCACAGAUUUCUCAGACCCUUGCUGUGCUGAAUGUUGUGCCAUUUUGGCCAUUCAAUAAGAAAAGAAAGGCCAGGGUUGUCAUGACAACUGAUAAAUGACACAUGCAGAGAGAAAUGUCCAAUAACUUGGCAGUGUUUUAUUUUGUUUUUUUUUGCAACACUCCAUGUUUUCUUCCACUAAAUUAUUGGGGACCUUACAUUCAAGCUUUUGUCCUGGAUAAAAACUUUAAAACAGGAAAUAUUUCUGACAUUAAUACAUUAUAUAAACAAUUUCCAACCAUACGUAUGUUUUUUGAGAAGCGUGUAUUUAAUAAGAAAAGUAGCACUUUUCUGAUAUUUCAGAAUAUUUCUUAUAAUUAUCACAACACUGCACUAAAAAAAUUGUCCUUUUACAAACACUAUUAGUUUAAUACAAAAGAUAGAGAAAAUAUAAAACCAUCUGUUGUUAAAUGUAUUCAAAUAUUGCCUUGUGAAGAAAAACCUUUCACCUUCAAUUUUCAGCACUGUUCUGCACUUAAAAUGGUCAGUAGAUACGUAUGUUUUUUACACUUGAAUAGUAAUAUAUAAAGCUUGGUAAUGUUUUUUAUACAUUUGAUUUUUUAUGUAAUUUCUUUAUAUCUGUGUGUUGGUAUGUUUGACUAGUUGUAUGUUGAUUGCUGUGUAAAUUAUUUUUAUAUGUGUGACCAUUAUUACUGUCAAA